UGGUCCCGGCGGUAAGAUGGCGGCUGCCGCGGAGUGCGAUGUGGUAAUGGCGGCGACCGAAUCAGAGCUGCUCGACGACGAAGAAGCAAAAAGGACUUUAGAAGACUGGAGGACAAUGGUCAGCGACUAUCUAGGUGCCUUUUGGCCUGAUGCAAAGUCCCUCUGAGAGUCCACUAAUGUUUGCUCCCCUUUCUCCAGUGCUGUGAUGUGGAAGUUACUUAGAGGUCGUUCCAGGGAAGCAGAAUGCUUCAAGGAACAAGGAAAUGCAUACUAUGCCAAGAAAGAUUACAAUGAAGCUUAUAACUAUUAUACAAAAGCCAUAGAUAUGUGUCCUAAAAAUGCUAGCUAUUAUGGUAAUCGAGCAGCCACGUUGAUGAUGCUUGGAAGGUUCCGGGAAGCUCUUGGAGAUGCACAACAGUCAGUGAGGUUGGAUGACAGUUUUGUCCGGGGUCAUCUACGAGAAGGCAAGUGCCACCUCUCCCUAGGGAAUGCCAUGGCAGCAUGUCGUAGUUUCCAGAGAGCCCUAGAACUGGAUCACAAAAAUGCUCAGGCACAACAAGAGGUAAGAGUUGAAUCUAUUAGUAUCAAACAACAUGGUGUGAUUGGAAGAAAUAGUGACUUCUGCUCAGUCAGAACUGAGCAGCACAAUUCACAAUAGCUAAACUGGAACCAACCUAGAUACCCUUCAAUAGAUGAAUGGAUAAAAAAAAAUUCGGCAUAUAUACACAAUGGAAUAUUUCUCAGCAAUAAAAGAGAAUAAAAUCAUGGCAUUUGCAGGUAGAGUUAGAGAAUGAUAAGUGAAGUUAGCCAAUCCCAAAAAAACAAAUGUCAAAUGUUUUCUCUGGUAUAAGGAGGCGGAUUCAUAGUGGGUUGGGGAGAAGGGAGCAUAGGAGGAAUAGACAAACUCUAGAUAGGGCAGAGGGAUGGGAGGGGAAGGGAGGGGGCAUGGGUUUAGAAAUGAUGGUGGAAUGUGAUAGACAUUAUUAUCCAAAGAACAUAUAUGAAGACACGAAUUGGUGUGAAUAUAUUUUGUAUACAACCAGAAAUAGGAAAAGUUGUGCUGUAUAUGUGUAAUAAGAAUUGUAAUGCAUUUCACUGUCAUAUAUAAAUAAAAAAUUUAAAAAUAAUUUAAAAAAUAAAAUAAAAGUCAGAACUGAGAUCUAGUACUCCUUCUUCCAUUAGCCACACUUGGAUGAUUUUAGUCUCUCUGAUCCCCGGCUUUCUUAUCUAUAAAAUGGGUUCUGAAUAUGAUUUACAUUUUUUAAAAGUCUAAAAAUUGAAGGGUUUCUGAGAUGCCUGAGAGAGAAUAGAUAGAAGCUUUAAGCAACUGAUUUGAAUGAGGUUAAUUUUGUGUGUGUGUGUGUGGUGCUGGGGAUUGAACCUGGGGCCUUGUGCAUGCAAUCACUCAAAAGUUUUAUUUUUCUUUUGUUUUUGGUACUGGGAAUCUAAUCCAGGAGCACUUUACCACUGAGCUCCAUUCCCAGCCCUUUUUAUUUUUUUUAAAUUAUUUGUUUUUUAAAAAAUAUUUUUAUUUUUUGGCAUAGAUGGACACAACACAAUGCAUUUUUUUAAUUUUUAUGUGGUGCUGAGGAUCGAACCCCGGUCCCGCCCGUGCUAGGCGAGCACUCUACACUGAGCCACAAUCCCAGCCCAACCCCUUUUUAUUUUUUAAAUUGAGACAGGCUUUUGCUAAAUUGCUGAGAUUCUGGAACCUGAGAUUCUCCUGUUUUAGCCUCCUGAGUUGCUAGGAUUACAGGCAUGCAUCACUGUCCCCAGCUGAAGUUAAAGAGUUUGAGUGAGCCAGUUAUGGUGGUGCAUGCCUGUCAUCUCAGCUACUCGGGAAACUAAGGCAGGACGAUUGCAAGUCUGACACCAGCCUGGGCAAAUUAGCAAGACCCUGUGUGAAAAUAAAAAUUUAAAAGGGCUGUAACUGAAUCAUAGAACACUUGCCUAGCAAAAACAGGGUCCUGGGUUUAAUCCUCAGUAACACA